AUAAGAUUAUUCGUUACUUGUUACUUGAAUAAUACCACUGAUAUAUAACACUGAUACCACUGAUAUAUAAAACAUAUUAAUACAUUAACUUGAAUCCUAUUCCUUGGAGAUCAACUUUGACUUUGAACAUGGACCCUGGAAUCAUAGAAGUGAAAUACAACAAGUUAUUUAUCAAUAACGAAUUCGUUGAUGCCGUGAGUAACAAGACAUUCAAAGUAAUCAAUCCUUCCACUGAAAAAAUCAUUGCCGAAAUUGCUGAAGCUGACAAGGCAGAUGUAGACAAAGCAGUUGCAGCCGCUAAAGCUGCUUUUUUAAGAGGUUCAGAAUGGAGGUCCAUGGAUGCUUCGCAGAGAGGAAAACUGAUUAAUAAGGUUGGACACCGCAUUAUGGAGUAUGCUGCCAAGUCUAAUUUGAAGAAGGUAUCACUAGAACUAGGUGGCAAAAGUCCAUUUGUUAUAUUCAAUGAUGCCGAUGUUAAUGAAGCGGUUGAACUGGCUCAUAUCGCGGCAUAUGUAAAUCAUGGACAAACAUGCUGUGCAGGCUCCAGGACCUUCGUUCAGUCUGGUAUAUAUGAAGAAUUCCUAAGGAAGUCCAUCGAAAAGGCGAAGGCUAAAAAAGUGGGUGAUCCCUUCAAACCUGAAACAGAACAGGGACCACAAGUAAGUAUAGUGCAUUCAACUUCAACAAAUGGCAUGACAAGUAACGGGCCCUCGAAGUUACAAAAUGAAAAAUGUUUUUCUUUNCCUACAAUAUUCUCUAGUGUGACUGAUGAUAUGACAAUUGCAAGAGAAGAGAUAUUUGGGCCGGUGCAAUCAAUUCUGAAAUUUGAAACUUUAGAAGAAGUUAUUGAAAGAGCAAAUGAUACUUAUUAUGGACUCGCAGCUGGGAUAAUAACUAAAGAUAUUAAUACAGCUUUAGUUUUUGCUCAGUCAGUCGAAGCUGGUUCUGUCUGGGUAAACUGUUUUGGUUCUGCCCCUCAAACUCCUUUCGGUGGAUACAAACAAUCUGGCAUUGGAAGAGAUUUGGGAGAAGAAUCCAUACAAGACUACCUUGAGACGAAGACUAUUUCGAUAAAAUUACCAAUGAAAUGUUGAUUACAUGGAAAGAAAUACUGGUAUUCAAAAUGAAAAAAAAUGUGAACUCUGGACAUAAUUUAUAAACUAUUCAAUUUAAAAUCUGCCUGGAAUUAUUAUGGGUUUUGUAAUUUCAUUUUAAAAUUAAUAUUGGUAAAUUAUUUCGAAUAUAUACGGAUGUAUAUACAAAAUUAUUAUGAUUGUUCCCGAUCUUAUAUUAAAAUAUAUUCAAAGUUAAACGAUAAUAAACUAUGUUAACACAAAA